CUCGCGAGAUAUUGUGUAUUUGUUUGAGCGCUUCUACAGCUGACAGCAACAAACAGCGGAUCUGUGUGUUUUGACCGGUUCUGAAAAAACAUUUACUCAGGAAAAAUCGCUGUUGUACGGCUCACGGGCGGUUGUGAACUGCAGCGGCUGUAAUGGCGGAAACGGACCCGAAAUCCGUACAGGACCUGACCGGAGUGGUACAGUCGCUGCUGCAACAGAUGCAGGAUAAGUUCCAGACCAUGUCAGACCAGAUAAUCGGGAGGAUUGAUGAGAUGAGCACCCGCAUCGACGACCUGGAGAAGAACAUCGCUGAUCUCAUGACCCAGGCGGGCGUGGAGGAGACUGAGGGAGAGAGCAAGGUCGUGGAGGGUCAAGGGGCAUAAGGCUCGUCUAUGCUCAAACGGGUUGCCAAGUAACAAGUAGUGAAGAAUUUCUAAACGCGCAGCAAACCUUUUCAGAAGUAUGUUGUGAUUUGUUUUAUUUUUCAUUUUGAAUUGCCGUGCCUGUGUAGCGUUUUUUUAUAUCCUCUCUUGUAAUAAUGUAUAUGAAACUUUAUGUGCUGACUAUAAGUUUCUGUUUAAGUGGAUAUUUUACAGAACUUUUGAAGCCUGGAAGAACAGCGUUUAACUCAGAGCUAAAGUCCACAGGACUAACAGCAGGACACAUUCCAGCCGGUGCCAUUUUGUUCAAUUAAAACUAUUUCCUACACAUCAGUGUUUCCUCUUCCAUUAAACACCUUUCCCUGAGGGGUUCAGGUAUUAUUAUGUAUUUUUUACACCAAAAAAAGUCCAGUGCAUACAUUUGGACAACGGAGGAGGCAACGUUAAAUGAAAAACAUCCAACAAAUAAAUAUCACAUAAAGGUAAUGUUUAUGCAGGCAUCUCAGGAUUUGAUCCUAAAACUAUUUUAAGCCUUUAAGCUGCUCCAUACAACUGCACCAAACAAACCUCAAGCCUGGAAAACAUGCUGCGCUCUAUUUUUUUCGAAACGUUCCUCGUUUCCUUACCUUGCUUUCUUUAAUUCUUUCUGAACACGUGAUGGAGAAACAGUUCACAUCCAAGUUUCACAAGUGUUUGUAAAUGUUUGUGAUUUACAGUGAAACUUGCAGCAUAUAUGCAAUGUAACUCAAAAUGUUAUGUUUUGACUAUGUAAAAACUGCCAAGUGUUGGAACCAUUUAAAAAAAAAAAAGUAUUAUUAUCCUUCCCCUUUGUCAUAAAAUUGCCAAUGAUGUGCUGCCUUUUGUGCCAGGAUUGUAGAGGGUCGCAAGCAUUCAUACCACAAAUUUGGCCACAACAGGCCCCCAGAGGCUCCUCUACCUGGGAGGUGUACUACAAAAGUAGCUUAACAUACCUAGGGUUUCUUUGCAUCACCUGGCUUCCCAAAACCAAACAACCGCAGUCAGGCUUAACCAGUACUACGAAGGUGGUUUGCAACCUGCUAAUUCCCCUUUCACACAGCAAUGACCCCAGAAUGUCCCAUAUAGGCCUUGGAAGUAACCCAGAGCAAAACAUAUGGAUUUCCAAAUCAAAGCACAAUUUCUUUUUGGGAAAAAUGACCGUCUCUGUCACUGUCUGUGAUUUAAGAUGGCAUUUAAUAUUUGUAUGUUUUUAUCCAGACUAAUUUCGCUCUUAAGUGGCGCUGGUUCCACUGAAUUCCCAUGGCGCUUUCCAGCUAGCAUGAUGUUCUUGUGAGACAAGUUGCUAACAACUUAGCUGUCACAAUUUACUUUUUAAAUUAAGUUUUAGACUAUCAAAAUUGGAUGAAAAUGUUUUGCCCAUUUUUAUUUUCACAUGCAAGCAAAUCAUUUAUUUGAAAGGUUUUCAAAAAACGAAUUCAUUUUGGUCCGGAAGUCUAGAAAAUGCUAACAAAUCAUAGAUAUUUUCAAAUGGUGUUUGAAAGGGUCAACCUGGGAUAUCCGUCCCGGGACGGUGACUUAAGACCCUGCUCUCGACCUGGGAAUGACCCGGGAUGGACACGGCUCAGAUUUGGUAUGAAAGGUGGAAUCCUGGGUUACUUGACUCCGGAUUCAAUCAAGGAAUCUCAUUGGUUACGACUCCACUAACAAACCCAUAAGGGUUGGCUAAUAUGCUACAGCAGGCUAUAUUUGUUAGUUAAAAUCAAGUAAUUAACUAAUCAUGGUCUUCAGUAAAGAUUCCUGAUUCAGUAAAGUAGAAUAAGUUAUCACACACCCACACCUGUUUUCGGAGAAGAUUGGAAGAAGAUUGAAUCACUUCCUUAGUGCAGAUAUAAGAAAGCUUUCAGUAUCUAGUCUUGAUUUUAGGUUUUUGAUUGCCUUUGGAGUCCGUUACUGGUAUUUGUCAACAUGAGGACCAGAGUUAUGCCAAUGAGAGUCAAGGAAGCUAUUAUGCGAUUCAAUACACCUGACUAAUCAGAAACAGUUGAGAAGCCAAUUGUCCAAUUACUUCAGUUCAAAUCCAAAGUGCUAGAAUACAGAUCCAAAAGAAAAUGAAUUGUACCACUGUCCAGAAACUUACGGACUGCACUGUAGGUGUCCCUUGAAUCAGAGGAGCUGGGUGUCGGCACGAGCGGCUGCUAGCGGGAGAUCAACAAGUUCACCUGAGUUUGGGGUUGGGAAAAUGGGGGGGAAAUCUGAGAAUAAAGUAUUAAUUCAUAGAAGAAAAAAAGAUUAGACAGCCCUGCCAUUGAUACUCAAGAAAAAGUGUGCUUGACUCACCAAGCCUCAAGAGGGCACUUUUGUACAGAUGUAAACUAUGGUUAAGAUUUUUCAGAGGUCAAAGGGAUAUACGCUUUCUUUACUUUUUACACUGAUUUGAAUUCAAAUCUAAAAUUGCCAACAUUGGUAGACUUCCAGUCCCCGCAAAAAUAAUUAUCAUUGAUUUCACUCACUAGAAAAACUAAUAAAAAAACAGCUGGAAAUAUGGACUGUUUGUUGAGCAAGCUAUGAAAUGGAAAAUACAGUUCUGUGUGUUCUCUAAACCCUUAACAAAUGUGUUUUUCAUGCUGAAUAUAGUGCUGGUGAAUGGUAUUUCAGGUCAGGGCAUACACAGCAUUCUUAGAUUCAGGGUGAUUUUAUGCUAAAUGGGUAAACUGAAGUGAUUCUGGGGGUUGGUGAUGUAUUUCAUGGGUUUGCAAUAGUGCAGAUUAUUUAUGGGAUGGGAGGUUUCAUAAAGUUUUAAUGUCAGUUUUUUCUGUUGGCAGAGAUGAUGUUAUGUUAUAAGCUGGAACGUGUAUUUGUGCAAAUGGAAAAUGCUUCUGUAUUUGGGAUUGCAGUGUAUUGAGAUGAGGGGCAUAGACUCUACCCUAGCCACCUGAACCCUCAACUCUGGUUCCCUCUCAACCCAUAAACCUAGACAGGGGUUUUACAGGUUGAAAAUCCUAUUAAAAUUACAUGCCAAAUUU